GGAGCGCGCGGGACCUCGCGGAGCAGUUGCUCUUCUUGUCGCUCGCCGGCCGUGUCGCGCGGCUCUGGAGCCGGCGUGGUCCUGCCGCAGAGCCCAGGGAGCUCCUUGCCUCCUCGGCGCCGUUGCCAGCGUCUUCCUCCUGCCAGGCACGCUGCUUCUCAGCCGGCCCCGUCUCCACGCUCCUGCUUGCGACGCCUGCCGAGGAGAUGCGGGGCCUGUCCGGAUGGAUGGCGCUGCUGGUGCUCGGCAGCUGGUUCCGUCUGCGAGCGAAGGGCGCCGCGCCGCUGGCUGGCUUUUACCCCUUCGGGCCGGCGCAGGGGGACGCGGCCACCCCUCAGCAAGACGACGGCGGCUCUGGGCUCCGGCCCAUCGCCGUCAAGUUCCCCUUCUUCGGCGCGACUCACACGGCACUCUACGUAAACAACAAUGGAAUCAUCUCCUUUUUGAAAGAGGUAUCUCAGUUCACUCCCGUGGCUUUCCCCAUCUCCAAUGACCGGCGUGUUGUUGCCGCAUUCUGGGCUGAUGUCGAUAACCGGCGUUCGGGGCAAGUGUAUUACCGGGAAACCACAGACCAAGCUGUUUUGGAGAGAGCCACUAAGGAUAUCUCACAGUAUUUCCCAGAAUUCCCAGAGUUCUCAGCCCAAUGGGUAUUCAUAGCAACUUGGAACAAGGUCACCUUCUUUGGAGGAAACUUGUUUUCUCCAGUAAAUACCUUCCAGAUAGUCCUCAUCACUGAUGGCCUGCUUUCCUUCACUAUCUUCAACUAUGAGUCAAUCACCUGGACCACUGGCAUGCAUGCCAGCAGCGGAGGAAAUUUAGCAGGCCUGGGAGGCAUAGCAGCCCAGGCAGGUUUCAAUGCCGGUGAUGGAAAACGGUAUUUUAACAUCCCCGGAUCCCGCACUGAUGACAUUGUCGACGUGGAGAUGACGACAAAUGUGGGUAUCCCCGGGCGCUGGGUAUUCAGAAUCGAUGAUGCCCAGGUGCAAGUGGGGGGCUGCAACAACACAACUUCAGUGUGUUUGACGCUUCGCCCUUGCUUGAAUGGAGGAAAAUGUAUUGAAGACUGCAUCACAGGGAAUCCUUCAUACACUUGCUCUUGUCUCGCUGGCUUCACUGGAAAACAAUGCCAAAUUGAUGUGGAUGAGUGUGCUUCCAAUCCAUGUCGUAAUAAAGCAUCUUGUAUCAGUGGCAUCAACAGUUUCAGCUGUUGGUGUCCACCAGGAUUUAAAGGAGCUACAUGUGAAAUUGAGGAGUCUCCGUGUGAAACCAAAGAAUGCCAGAAUGGUGGGGAGUGCCAGAUAGCAAACAGAACGGCUGUCUGCCUUUGCCAGCCAGGUUAUACUGGAGAAGAAUGUGAAAUAGAAAUAAAUGAAUGUGAGUCGAGCCCAUGUCUGAAUGGUGGGCAAUGUAUGGACCUUGUGAACAACUUUACUUGUGUCUGUGCAACACCGUUUACUGGACAGCGCUGUGAAAUAGAUCCUUCAGCCUGUGAGGGCAGGAGCUGCAGGAACCGGCAGAUGUGCAACUAUAUCCGCCCAGGGCGCUAUGUCUGCACAUGCUCACCAGGCUACUAUGGGAACAACUGCCAAUAUGGUGGCCCCAGAAUGUCUAAUGCCUGUAGCUCCAAUCCAUGCCAGAAUGAGGGCACAUGCCUUGAAAGCAGUCAAGGUUAUAUGUGUGAAUGUGCAGAGGGAUACACAGGCACUGAUUGCAGAGAUAAACUCUCAGAAGACUGUGAGUGUCGAAAUGGAGGAAAGUGUCUGGAUGGAAAUGUUACUAUGUGCCAUUGCCCACCUGGAUAUUUUGGGCUUCUCUGUGAAUUUGAAGUGACUACUACACCUUGUAAUAUGAACACCCAGUGCCCUGAUGGGGGUUAUUGUAUGGAAUAUGGUGGCAGUUACCUUUGCGUGUGCCAUACAGAUUAUGGCACUAACCACACUGAGCCACCCUCUCCAUGUGACUCAGAGCCCUGCCUGAAUGGUGGAUCGUGUGAUGCUCAUGAAGACUCCUACACCUGUGACUGUCCCCGAGGCUUCACUGGAAAAUAUUGUGAGAAAGCAAGACCCAAAUUGUGCAGCUCUGGACCCUGCCGCAAUGGAGGGACCUGUAAGGAGUCAGAUGGAGAAUACCACUGCACGUGUCCCUACCGCUUCACAGGGAAGCACUGUGAGAUAGGUAAACCUGAUCCUUGUACCUCAGGGCCUUGUCAUAAUGGGGGCACCUGCUUUCAUUAUAUUGGCAAGUACAAAUGUGACUGCCUCCCUGGAUAUGCUGGACGGCACUGUGAGAUAGCUCCUUCUCCUUGUUUCCUGCAUCCAUGUAAAAAUGGGGCCACUUGCGAGGAUCUUGGCAACAGCUAUGACUGCAUAUGCUCCACAGGUUACACAGGAAGACACUGCCAAUCAGAGAUUGACUGUGGUAUCCCCAGUGAAGUGAAGUAUGCUCAGGUAGCAUUUAACUCCACUAAGAUGGGCUCCUUGGCAACAUAUCACUGUGCUCUCGGAUAUAUUCUGAGUUCCCAAAACAGCCCUCGCCUAUGUACGGCACAAGGUGUCUGGAGUGAUCCACCAGAGUGUAAUGAAAUUGAUGAGUGCAGAUCUCAACCCUGUUUAAAUGGGGGGUUGUGCAAAGAUCAAAUUGCCAAUUUCCUUUGCUUAUGCAAAGCUGGCUAUACAGGAAACAACUGUGAAUUGGAAGUGGAUGCCUGUAAAUCAAACCCAUGUCGGAAUCGAGGAAGUUGUGAAAACCACAGUGGUUCGUACCUGUGUGUCUGCCCAGAGGGCUUCUUUGGCUACCAUUGUGAGUCAGUUAGUGAUCCCUGUUUCUUCAAUCCAUGUGGAAAUAGAGGUUACUGUCUGCCCAGUAAUGAAUCUCACAUCUGCACCUGCAAAGUGGGCUAUACUGGAAGGAAUUGUGAGAAAGAGCUGCUGCCACCAAUGUCAUUAAAGGUGGAAAAAGUGGAGGAGAAUGGGUUGUCAAUCUCUUGGCGCCCGCCCAAGGACCAGGCUGCCAAGCAUAUGAUUGAUGGCUACGCCGUGACGUACGUAUCCUUCGACGGCUCUUACCGCUGGACUGAUUAUGUGGACCGAAGUCGUGCUGCCCACCAUUUGCGGGCACUAGCCUCCGGCAAAGCCUACAAUAUUUCUGUCUUUUCAGUCAAACGCAAAUCGAAUAACAAGAAUGAUAUCAGCAGGCCCAUCAUGCUCGUCACUCGUACUAGACCUCACCCAGUAGAAGGAUUUCAAAUAGCCAAUGUGACUGCCACUACCAUUACUGUGCAAUGGGCUCUUCAUAAGCUCAAACAUGCCACAGUCAGCAAGGUGCGCCUGUCCAUACGGCAGCCAGAGGAUGUGGAGGAUCAUGCUGUAGAAUUAAACAAUACUGUGACCAAACACACAUUUUGGGACCUUCAACCAGGACAGAAGUAUCUUAUCCACAUGUGGACCUUGAGUGGCUUUAGUAGCAAUGAUCAACCCACAGAGAGCUUUGCUACAGCUCCAUUCUAUGUCUGGACUCGACCUCUUUCUCCUAGAAACCUCACUGCAUCCAGAGUUGCAGCUACCUCUGUCCAGAUGGCUUGGGGACAACCCCUUGUGGGCUCAGUGGAAGGUUACAUCAUCAAUGUCAGUACCAGCCAGAGCGUAAAGAGCCGCUAUGUCCCCAAUGGAAAACUGUCUUCCUAUACAGUGCGUGACCUGAACCCAGGUCAAAGGUAUCGCUUAUCUGUGAUGGCUGUUCAAAAUACUGAUCAAGGACAAGUGAUGAGUGAACCUGCCCAUCUUUAUAUUACAGCCUUGCAGAAAGAUGGCACCUCUGAAAGACGCUGGAGCCAAACGGGGCAUCCACGGGUGCUGAGAAACAGAGUGCCCCCAGCUUUCCUACCAGAAUUGCAUGUGCUUGCUGAUCACACUGUCCCUGAGGAACCCUCGCUAGCACCCAGAUUUACAGAACUAGUGGAUGGCAGAGGGAGGAUCACCACUAAAAUCAGCAGCUCCCCAAGUCGAUCUGUCACUAUGAGAACACAACCAGAGGCUCCUGUGAAAGUUGAAGAAAAUGUGGAGGAAUCAACCAGUCGGGCCAAACUGGCAUUGGAGCUGUCAGAACCUGAGAGUACCAAGAGAGAAAGUGAGAGGCAGAAUUGUUCCAUAAACUUCUGCAAAAAUGGUGGGACCUGUGUUGCUGGCUUAGAGUCUUACAAUUGUGACUGUACUCCUGGAUUCAAAGGCAGAUUAUGUGAACUAGCUUGUAAAAAAGUGCCUCAAUCUUGUACUCGGCUUUACUCUGAAACAAAACCUUUUCCAGUCUGGGAAGGAGGUGUCUGCCAUUAUCUAUACAAGAGGGUCUACAAAGUGCACCAGGACAUUUGCUAUAAGGAGAGCUGUGAGAGUACUGUAACAAAUAAAGCACUUAGCAGAAAACAAAUCAACAAGCACUGAAACCACAAGAAAUGAAAUGUCAGUGCUUUUUUGAUAAUGGCUGAUGGAAAAUAGUCUCUCAUUUUAAGGUUCUGUCUCAAUCCUUAAAUGGAAGAGGAAGAUUCCAUUAAUUCUUCUAUUGAUGAGUGCCAGAGUUGUACCAACAGAAUUCCUCAACAUGAUCCUACUUGCUUUUGGAGUACCAAGGAACUGCUCACUACAGGAACUUUGAAUAACACUGAUUUCCUACAAAUUUUAAUUGUAAUAUGAAUAGAGAACAAAUCCAUUUAUUACUUUGCAAUCAAAAUACAAAUAUUUUGGCAUGAAAUUGAGAAUUAUUACAUCAGUAUCUGCAUAAUUGAACAAUCUAGAUUCUUGUCUUCAGUUCCAUCUCAUUCCAAGGAUACAAUAGCUUCAUCAUUUCAGUUAACUGGAGUUUUUUUUUCAAGGGGGGAGGAACUUAGCUAGCAAGAACAAUGGACUUUCCCCCUUUGUCUUGUUCAAGAGAUGUUCACCAAAUAGCGCCUUCUCUUCAGGAAGAUUAAAACAACUCACGUUCAUUUUCAGCUUCUUUUCAUCAUAGGAUCUAAUUUCUUUAUACAAGUUGAGUAAAAGUCCUUUUGCAGAACAGUGCUCAAGCUUACUAGCAAUUGAGAUUUGGACAUAUAAUUUGAUUUAUCAACUGCCUUAAACAAACAUGAGUCCUGGAAAAUGUGCUCUCUUUAUAACCAAAAAGCAAAUCUUAUUGCCUCAGAAAUUGAUUCUCAAACACAAUGGCUUAAAAACACACAUACACCCUUGAUUUUUUUUUGUUUUGUUCCUUCUUUGCUAAAUUAGUUGCUAAUGAAAAAUUAUCCAAAUUUUAUCCAAAAAUUAUCCAAUUUUUCAGCCAGCUAUCCUCAAUGGCUUACUAUUACUAAGGUAAUAUUACCAUUUCUGAUGCUAAAUUAUUAGCAUUUCUGAAGUUAGAAUAGUGAAGAAAAAACUGGCAGCAGCAGCAAUAGGAGACUCUAGCUGUCCUUUAAAAAAUCCAACAGACUUUUAGUUGUUCAGCUUCUGAAUGCUGUUUAUGAAGGUUUCUAUCCCUUCAUAAAGAAUUUUACUGAAAACCUUCUUAACUUUUAAUGGGUAAAGUAUUUCCUUUGAUAUUCUUAAAAGACAAAAUUGUGAUGCCAAUGGAGAAAAAAGGCUUCCAUCCACCUUCCCUGGUGUUUAUUUUGUAAAAUACUAGGAUGAUAGCCUUCAAAAAGCCUUAUUAUUACUUAGCCUUUGUGAGUUGUAUGACUAGUUAAAAUAUAAGAUUGUGUUAAUAGUCAUAUACUGUAUAUUUUAUAAAGUAAUACAAUCAGAGAGUCAUAGUUUUAAAUUACUAUUUUGGCAAGUAUUUGAUUAUUGCAGAAAAGGCACGCCUGUUGCCUGAAACAUAAUUCAUGGCAAAUUUUAAGAGCUGUAAAUAUUGUUUAUGUAGCAUAGAGGAGCAUAUUGCAAAGGGGAUAUUUUUCUAAUUGGAAAGACAAUAAUCCUUGCUACUGCCAGAAAUAGCACAAAGUGGUUCCAAAGUUCUUUCAUCCUAGAAGUCAUCAAGAGAUGCUUAGCCACAUUCCUACGUACUGUUAUUUACACAUGCUGUGAGGAAUGGAUGAUAUUGUCUAAAUAAUGUGAUUUUUCCCCCCCGAUGGGGUAUACAGCAUUUCUCAGUACAUCGUACUAAAGAGCCUGGAAAGAAAGAUAGUAACUUUUGGAAAUAAGACUGCUGAAAAGGAGAAGUGCAUUUUCUCAUUAUUUAGAGCAUCUUAUAGCCUUUCUGUGCAAAAAAGGUAGAAUCCUGCAGUUCCCAUUUGGAAGAAUAUUUUUUUAAAGAGCAAAAUUAAGAAAGGAUUUUUUUCUUAAAUAGAAGUGAUCCAACCAGAAUUAGUUUGGGAUGGCACAACACUAAAAGGCCACAGACUGCAUUAGAAAAAAAUGUAAAAUUUCUGAAAACUGAAUAUUCUUCUGCCACAGUCAAUUAAUGUAACCAUCAGAAAUAUUUGCAUGUUCAUUUACAUUACCUGGUUGAACCAGUGUAUUGUUCCCUCUACUUCUGAUGUGUACUACAAUAACACAACCUGCACACAAGAGAGCCAGCGCCAGGUUUAGGGAAUUACUGCAUAAAAACAUAAGAUUGUGGCAGAAUCUGGAAAAAAUAAACAACCAAAUGAGAAAUGAGCAUGGUCAGCAGAAAAUGUGUGGUGACUGUUGGAAAGACAACGUGAAGAGGAAGAAAGGAGUGAAAUCCCUCGAAUUUUGAACAACUACAUCAGCUCUACAAUUACGCUACAUGAUUGGCUUACGGGAACCAUCUCACCAUUAAAACUAGAACAUUAAAGGUUCCAAGAACAAACAGGAUGAAGAAAGGGUAGUAACAUGAUCACCAAAAUAUUACAUUUUUCAAAAUCCAAAGUAAACUUUUAAAAUAGUAUCUGCAGAUGACAAAGGCCAUGAAAGAUCUUUAUCGCCUGUUUCUUGUCGGUCACGCUGUUUUCCCCAGAGACUGUCUUAAGACAGAAGAGGACCUUCUUAUAGUACUCUGUAGUCAGAUCAAGGCGUAUGUAUGCACCAAUAAACUAAGAAGAUUUUAUUUUAUUAAAGUUACUUUGUUUUUCAUUUUAGAUUAAAUAUAUAAUUUAUUUAAAAGUCAUUCUGCUUUCCCUAAGAAUGAGAUGAUUCCUGAAGUUAGCUAUAAAAAUUAUUAUUUUUUAAAACGCACUUCUGCCCAAAUAAGGCUACCACUUAGGAACUUUAUCUAAUCCCACAUUUAAGAACUGAUAUUAUGAAUUUGAUUUCACAGCCUGCCCUUCAUUUUUCUUAAUAACCCAUUUAAAAA